AUGGGAGAUAUUAUCAGAGCCAUCAUUUAUACGUUCAUGAGAUGGUUCGCAAAACUUGUAUUUACAGUAUUCUAUCGUGACCAUGGCGCGUUUCAUGCUGAAAAUUUUCCACCAAACGAUGGAACGCCAAUCCUCUUUAUUGCAGCACCACAUGGAAACUUUUUAAUGGACGCUAUUACCAUGUUUGUCACUUGCCCAAGGUACAUGUAUUUUUUGAGCGCAAAAGCGAAUUUUCAAUAUCCAGUUUUUGGAACAAUCAUUAAAAUUCUUGGUUGCAUACCUGUUACGAGACCUCAGGAUGUUGAAAGAAUUAAUGGUCACGGUAUAGUGACAGUUAUCGAGGAUGGUAAAGUAGUAACUGGUGAAGAACUUGGAAUUCAAGUUCAAGUUGGUGACGUGUUAUAUGUAGAAUUCGAAGGUCCCGAUAACAAAGAAGUGUUAAAAGAAGCUUGUGGUACUGUCGAGGAAAUUAUUGAUGAAAAUAAAGUUCGCAUAAAAGAACCAGGAAUGAAGUGGCUUACUAAAGGAAGACGUAAAGGUCAAUUUAGACGUCUUGUCGAAUACGGUAGUUUAGUAAUUCGCGUAGAACGUGGUAAUACGUUGAAAACAUUGGAAAGUCUUAACUUUAUGCCCAAAUCUUUAACCAAAAGUGUUAGUAGAAGUUUUGAUAGAUUAUCAUCUUCACCUGGUGUUUUGCCAUAUCAAAUUCAUGACCAAAUUCAUGAACAACAACCCGAUGAAAUUGUAAUUCAUCCUUCCAAUCCAGCUGCAACAGAACGUACACCUUUAAUUGCCGAAAGUUCUUCGAAUCAUAAGAGAAAUCCUUCAGCACGAUCAACUCGAUCUUCUCGUUCUACUAUACGACCAAAUUUUCCACCAGUUCCCGGUAUUCCAACAACUUUCACUUAUACUCACAUGCCUCCACAUUCUGAAGUGUACUCUGCUGUAUACGAACAUUUUUCCCAGUCACAUAGUGUAUGCAUUUAUCCCGAAGGGGCAUCUCAUGAUAAUGAGCACAUGUUGACAUUAAAAUAUGGUUGCGCGGUAAUGAGUUUGGGUUACUUGGCUUUAAAUGAGCCAGAUGCGCGAGGUAAUCCUAGAAAAUUGAAACUUGUUCCAUGUGGAUUGAACUUUUUCAAUCGUCAUCGAUUUCGAAGUCGAGUAUUUGCUGAAGUUGGAUCACCAAUUGAAAUUAAAGAAGAAUUAAUUGAAAUGUAUCGUGCUGGCGGUGAAUCCAAACGGAAAGCUUGCCAACAACUCCUCAAAACCAUUCAAAAAUCUUUGGCCGAAUUGACUGUCAAUGCUCCGGAUUAUGACACACUUUUGUUCUUUAAGACUGCAUCUAAAUUAUAUCGUGAAAAAUUGUUACAAGAAUUAGAUUUUCCAGAAAAAUUGGCAUUGUUAAGGAGAAUCACCAAAAAAUAUACGUCUGUAAUACCGCCAUCAGACGAAUCCCGCAAAUUAAAACGGGAAAUUAUUAAUUAUACACAAACACUUCGCAAUCACCGCCUGUCACCACCCCAUAUGUCUAAAAAACCCAUAACAUUGAUUUUUUACCUUCCACUUUUCCUUAUUUUAGCAACAUUGACAAUUCCCGGUCUCUUGUUGUUUGGUCCGAUUGGAUUGGUUGCUCGAUAUGUUGGCAAAAAACAAGGAGAAAACGCUAUGUUAUAUGAUGAUAAUUCAUUAGCCAUUACACGAUGGCCCGGUCGAGAUGUGAUUGCCACAUGGAAAAUGAUGACCGGGAUAGCGCUAUUCAUUACUUUUGAUUUAUUUUAUUCUAUUAUGGGUGUAAAUUUCUUACUGAAAUUUCGCAUAUAUGAAUUUGAUAAUCGAGAAAUUUUUAUUUUUGGGACAUGUUUAUUCUUCUUCUUUUGGACAAUAAUUGCAUAUGGUACUAUCUUAUUAUGGGAAAAGACGUGUUGGGCAGGAAAAAGGGUAUGGGUUGGAUUAUGGAGCAUUGCCAAUCCGAAAGAACGUAGAUCAUUAGAAAGAUGGAAGGAUGAAUUGUCUAUUCGUGUAUGGAAAUGGGUAGAAAGUAACAACUAA